AUGAGAAGUUAGCUGAUGUAGUACUAAUGGCGUCUUUUCUACGAGUUAUUGGUAAGUUGAUAUGUUCUUUUUUGUGAUCUUGUUUGACAAUGGAGUAACACAUUCAAACAUUCACACAAGAUUCUAUAUUAAUCAUUUAUCAUUUAUAGUCAAACUAUGUUCAUCAUGUUGGUUUCGAUACUCGAUGCCUUUUAACAAAAUCCUUGUAUAUGUUGGUUUAUUGAUUUUGUUUUUCCACCAUUCAGUUCUAUCAUGGGCUUUUACUGUUGCGUGGUUUACCCUCUGGAUGCUAAUGAUAUACUUGACAAAGGAGAUGAAGCUCAAGUUCACGGAUGCAGCUGCAAUAGUCAAUGUGUUUGCUGGUGUAUCAGCUGUUGCUCAUCUUGGCAUGCAGUUCUUAGUUGAUGCAUUUAUUGGUCACUUUUGGAUGCUCUGCCUCUCUACCUUAGCAUUCAGUUUUGGUUUCGGGUUCUUGGCAAUAUCAGCAUCACCAAUACUCUCUGGUGGAGCACAAAAGGGGCUAUUCUACGUUGCCCUAACGGUCAUAUCCGUUGGUAUAUUUGGACGGUCAAUCUCGUUGGGAGUUUUCACAGAGGACCAACUAGAAGACAGUGGGAACAAUGGGAAUCCAGCCAUGCUCACCAGCUUUGUCAUUGGAAACGUUGGGAACUUUGUAUUCCCUUUACUUGCUUCUACUGCACUUCCUCAGAUAAGUCCGUGGUUUGUAAGAUUCGCGGUCCCUGCUGGCUGCGAGGUCUUAGCAAUGCUGAUCUUUCUCUCUGGUGCUUGUUCAUACAAACGGGAAGGACCUAGUGGGAGUCCUUUGACAACAGUGUUCCGGGUCUUUGCGGCUUCUGCUUCCAAAAUGUCUAGUGGAUAUCAAAACAACUCAAACCAGCUUUAUGAAGAUACCGAGUGUGAUCUUGAUAUGAAGUCCCACACAAGUAGCUUGAGGUGCUUGGACAGAGCUGCGAUGAUACUCCAAACCGAGCCCUUGGAACAGCAGAGGGGAAACAGAUGGAGACUUUGUAGGGUUACAGAAGUGGAGCAAACCAAAAGCGUGAUACGCACGUUUCCUUUGUUCACGACAUCUCUUAUCUCCGGGAUCGUUUUCUCUCUUGGUAACACUUUCUUCCUCGAACAAGCAAACCAUUUGGACUCCAAGUUCGGAUCAUGGAACCUCCCUCUCCCACUCCUCUUACUCUUUAGCGAGGCUGCAAGGCUAGGAUCUCGAGAACUAUGCGUCAUGGCAGCAAAACGUAACGCCCAAGCACCAAAACAAACCAAAACGCCAUAUGGUAUACCAGUCUCCAUCAUCCUAUCGGUAUUCUGCUGCGCCAUUGCGGCACAUGUUGAGUCCAAGAGGCUCAAAGUGGUUAGAACUCAAGAGACCGUCUCCAUGAGUGUUUUCUGGCUGCUUCCACAGUACGUUCUUCUCGGUUCAAUUACAGGGAUCUAUGAAAAUAGCUUUGCGCUUUACCUAGAAGAAACAGUCCCUGAAGAGUUGAGUCAAUACAUGGUUUUGUUUAACGUGGGUGUGUGUGGGGUUGGGAUCAUGAGCAAUAUUUCUCUUGUUAGUGUGGUGGGUAGAGUAAGUGGAGGCAAAUGGUUUCAAGACACAAUAGACAAGAGCCGGUUGGAUAAUUAUUAUUGGGUGCUAUCAGCUUUGAGCAUGUUCAACCUCUUGUUGUAUUUCUCUGUAACUAAUAGGUACACAAAGUGCUACAAGAAGGAUGGGGGAGCACAAGAAAUGAUCGAUAGGUGAUAGAUUUUUGUGUGAUUCUGAUUUUCAUUUGUAUGUCCUGAUAGGCCUUAGAUGAGGUGACUAUGUUGUGGCUUUGUAAAAACAAACGGCAAGCUAUGUUGUUCAUUCUUGUGUAAAGUAAACGGCAUGAUGUGUUAAUAGUUGACAAGUGAUCGGAUGCAGGAUCAUAUUUAGAUGAGGGCAUAUCAUUUUGUUUCAUUAUAUUAUAGUUAUAGGGUUAGGGUGCAUUUGUUAAACUAUAAGCAAUUACUGAAGAAAAUUCAAAAUUAGAUGGGGGCGCAUGCCCCCGUACCUCAUCACCUCCGUCCGCCACUGAGUGAUCACAUGCCUUAUGUCUUCUUGAUUUGAGGUGUCAUCACUAUGAAAUAUCCAAAAGAAUCAGAAGUUCUCAAGACCAUAUUCUAUGCCACACCAGUCAUAUCUUCAUACCAUGUUCUCAACCAGUCUCUUGUCUCUAGUAAGAAUACAAACAAUACUGAAUAGGCAUAACUAAACCUCUUGGGCACAUAGAUAAACGUGCUAACAUUGUUGGUUUAUCUACGAGUGUGACAAGACUAACUUCAGAAUUAAUCUAAUAAACCCUCAAUGACUUUUAAGAAACAAAAUAAAGUAGGUUAUUGCUUUACAUGUGGAAAAUCAAAUCAAAUCUAACAUUAUGGAAGUGAGAUUACAAAUAUAAUUAGGAAUCAACUGUCUUGCUUCAUAGUCAAAUUUUCAAUCAUAUAUGAAUACUUAUUGCUCCCGAACGCAUCAAAAUGGAACCCACCAAACAUCAAUUAAAGAACAAAUUCACCAAUAAUUUGAAAAUUUCCUGAUGUUUAAAAAGUAAUUAAACUGCAUCAAUCUUUCUGUUUGUUACACAUUAGGUUUCUAAUAGCGAUAUAUUGGUCGUUGAAUAUGCACAAUAAUUUAUUACUAGGAUUUCCACGAUGGGAUAGAGAGUAAUGUAAAGAAAUAUACGCAUUCCUAAUUAAUUAUUAGUUGGAAGUUUAUAGUGUUGAGUGUUGACAGAUACCUGAUCACAAAAAAAAUAAACGGAUAUAAUCAGUUCAAAAACUAUGUAUAGCAAAAAAAGUAAAUAUCAUAUUGAAAUAUAUGUACUAGAAUUCCAAAAUGAAUUUAAAAUAAAAUAUAGAAGGCAUGUACUAAUCCACUCUACUGCCUACUAUACGUUAAAAAGUCUUAUGAUAAUUCAUAAUUCACAUUAAGUCCCAUGAUAAAACUAUAAAAUUGGCAACUUGUGUGGAACAAAAGCAUAUUAAUCAUUAUUGCUUUUUCUUUAGGCUAGCUAUAGAUUCUCAUUCUCUUGUCAACUUCGAACUUAGAAAGUCAUUUUGAAUAAAAUAAUUGGGUAAACAGAUUAAUUAAAAACCAACACAAAGCCAUGUUUCGAGUAGAGAUUUGUCAACACAACAAGUAAAAUUUCUUAGAUUAAAUAAUGUAAAACCCACUUUACAUAUAUACUUUUUAGCUUCAUAUUCCUAAAUAUAAUUGGUUCCAAACUAUCGCACCCAUUUGAAACUGUGUUUUAUCUCGUUGAAAAAUACAUGCUUUCCAAAAAUAAUAAUUAGAUUACAUGAUGAUAAAUUUUGUCCUGCAGAAAUAUAUUGUGUUACGAGCUUAACAUUGGUUGAUUUAUUCUCUUUAGGCUUAUAUGUAUGCAUUCUAUCUAAUUUUAGUAUCUGUUGUUAAGUUACAUGUGAUUUCAAUAUAAAAUUAAUUGGUGAUAAAAAAAUUGAUUUAUCUAUAUUUAGGAUCUUUUCAACUUCCGAUGUGAAACAUUUGUCUUUAAUACGUCCCUCGAAAUGAUGGUUCUUUGAGUAUCAGUGCGUCUAUUUUGGACUGGAUCAAUAAUGUAUCGGAUUGAAUUUGUUCGAUCGAACUCUGAUAUCAUAUUAAAUUAAAUAGACUUUUAACAUAAAACUAAUUGAUGAUAAGAAGAGUGACUCAUUUGUUUUAUAUAUAUUAUUUAGAAUCCCGUCGAAAAUGACGUAGAACAUUUGACCCUAUACCAAUAUUACCUUCACAAGGAGACUUUAAUUAGCCGCUAACUUUAAUCUAGCACAGUUUGUUAAUUGCAAAAUAUCUAAUAAAACACAACAACUAUAAUUAUUUAUUAAUGAAAAAAAAAUCAUCAAUAAGGGACAAAGAUUGUAAAGUUUACAUGACACAACAAAGAAAAUUGUAAUAAGCAAUUUGAUCUCACAAGAGUUCCAAAUCACACAGACACGAUUACACGGAAGGCAAAGCUGAUCACUCAGCAAUAAAAAUAACCAAAACCUAGUUAAUUUGAUGAAAUGUUCGUUGAAUCAACCA